AUGCAAAGACUAGCAAUUAAAUCUCCUAAUCCAGAAGUCACGGUUGAGACUGAGGCUGUACCUUCAAAAAAUAAAACUACAUUUAGAAACAAUGGCUUUCAAAUCUCGUAGUGAUACAAGUCGCUCAAAAGAACCAUCAGCUAUGACAUUCCCAUGUGGCAUAACUUGGAUAGAUACAAGAAGUUUGAAGGAACCAUGACGAUCAUUCAUGUGGAAGAAAAUGGUUGUGACCGUACGAACACAGUUAAGUACUGGAAGAUCAGCUUUAAGAUCAAAGAUCCAAAAUCCAUCAUGAGCACGUUUCUUAAUUUAUUUAUAGAUAUGGAUGAGUAUCUUCGUGAAGCUAGCCAUUCGAAUUAUUUUUAUUAA